AAUGUUUCAACUGCAUGCUUAUGAUUUAAGGAUGGUUUUCCCGGUUUCGCCUUCAUUUAUUGCCGUAUUAUCGAUGCUUUUCGUGACUUCCAAUCCUUAAUCUUCACUGCAAAUUGCACAUGUCAAAGUCGAGCGAAAGCAGUACUAAAAAGAGACCCCAUAACAACAAAAAGUCCCAAGGAGAUCAACUCUCAGUCAGUCCCUCCCCUGCACGGCAUUCGCUAUAUAUUUAUAUAUAUAUAUAUAUAUAUAUAUCCGUGUGUCCUUAACCAUCAACAUAGAGAGAUAUCUCCUACACUCUCUCAAACCCAAUGGACUGGUUCUCCUGGCUGUCGAAAACCGGUCUCGACCCUUCUGUCGUCUACGAGUACGGCCUCUCUUUCACGCACAACGAGCUCGAACAGGAAGACAUCUGCCACUUCACCCAUGAGUUCCUGCAAAGCAUGGGAAUAUCCAUAGCCAAGCACAGGCUGGAGAUUAUCAAACUCGCCCGGAAGGAGAACAAGGAGAUCAUGAUGAAACCUCCCCCUAUCUCGAGGCUCCUCUCAGCAAUCAAGACCACGAGGAGCUGUCUCACAAAGUACAUGAGAGCAAUGUCUCUCUGCGAAGAUUCGACUCUCGCUAUUGUGCCGAGGCCAAGGAGUUAUAGCAGCGGGAGGCUGAGAGGGGCGGUGCUGAGGAAGCAUCAGAAGCUGGGAAUGGCACAUAAUGGCAAGCAAAGGAGGCUGCUGCUCACGAAUGGGAGCGAGACUCCAAUGGCGGUUUCUGCUCCGAGGCUGCAGAGCUUCUCGAGUCCUCUGGUGUAUGCCAUUGGCGAAGAGGAGAAGGUCGGAGCUGAGAGCGACCGGUACUGGUCUGCCAUGGGGGUGGAAGAGAUGAGGUGGGAUAGUAUGUUUCAAGAUUUGAAACCAACAUAAAGAUUCCUAUGUCCUCUUCUGUUGGUGCUGGUUUUCCUCCUCCUGUUACUAUGGUAUGCGUCUUGAGUUAGAAUUUGAUGGUGUGAGAUGCGUUUUAGGUUCUUCCACCAUAGAUUUUUGGUCCUUUUUUUUUUUUUUGCCCUUUUUUUCCUUUUCCUUUUCCUUUUCCUUUUUUGGUGCUUUUUUUCAGUACGGUGGGAUCAUGCAGAAGAGAAACUUUACCAGCAAGCUUCUGUAUCAGCAAUGAGAUUGUCUUCCCUUUGCUUUUGCAAGCCCUCA